CAAAGCAAAAUAAACAUGAAGGAACAAGAUUAAAGGCAAACUAGAUUUUAAUCCAAGGCUUAAUAAUGUGGAAUAUGUUAUAAUGCAAUUGAGAAUUAAGUAAAAGAUGUUUGAAGGUUUAGGGAAUUCUGGAUAGCUGCAGUCAUUCAUUUUGUUCAGAUUGUAUUAAAAAAUGGUCUAAUGUAUAAAAACUUAUUAAUGUUAGAUUGAAAACACAUGUCCACUAUGCAAAUAGAAAUUCACUUAAAUUGAAUCCAAGUGGAAGAGAGUAUAUUUUGAAAUUUAUUCAGGUUCAUUACAAAAGUCAUAAGAUAUCAAAACGAAAAUGUAAAUAAAACAAGUAUCUACCAUAAUAUUGUAGGAUUUAUGUUAAAGAUAAAAGUCAGUCACAAAAGGAAGAUCAAUUAAAUGUUUUACUUGAAAUCCUCAUAGAGUUCAUUCUUGCUG